AUGGCACCCGAUUCUGAUUUUUGCGAAUGCCGCCGAGGUUAUUUCUGGGAUGUGCAGGUUGGCGCCUGCUCAGAAUGCCCGGCCGGGUAUUUCAAAGCCAGCGUUGGCAACGCAUUGUGCCAAGUCUGCCCACCAAACAGCACCUCCACUCCAGGGGCCAUCGCAGAGCGAGAAUGUUUUUGUAAGGAUGGCAUGAUCGAUGUGGAUCCGUCCCCAAGCAUCACUUGCGCCGAAGCUGCAACGUUGGCAGAAAAUUCUACAGUCAGCGACCUUUUUUUUGCUGCAACGGCUGCCUUCUCGUUUCAAUUCAGUGGGUCGAUUCUUGCGGCUGGGGCAAGCCCUCCGCUGUCGGAGGUGCAGACAGCUGUUGAGGGCUACCUGAGCUUCAGCUCCAGAUCAGUUUUGAAGCUUGAGUUGCAGGAUGGCAACGAAAUCAGGUACCUCUUCGCAAGCUCUGAGAAAGAGGAAGCAGAUCGAAUGCAUGCUCUUUUUCAUAAGAUGGCUUUUGCUGCCUGGGCCCUGGCUGAGAUGAGCAGUACAUCCAUGGCUUCGCUUGAGGUCGCAUCCAGGAGCCCCGUUCAAGUUCAGGAAUUGCAGUGCCAGCACGGACAGGCCUUCGCAGAGGGCGCCCGAAUAACGACUGAUGCAGACUGCCAAUGUGCCCAUGGACUGGAGCCAACUUCGCUUGCCUCAACAAGCACUUGCGAACCGUGCCCAGUAGGUCGCUACAAGGCAGUGGUUGGCAAUGUUGCUUGCUCCAGCUGUUUCACGCUGACGACCCAGCAUCGAGGAGCGGUGUCUAUCUUUGCCUGCAAAUGCCCCCCCGGGUACUUCAACAAUGCAGACGCAGAUCCUACCAGCUGCGCAUUCUGUGGACAGGGUUUCUUCUGCGCGGGAGGAAGCAAUAGACAGUCGUGUGACGUUGCGUCGGAGACAACAUACAGCGACACAAGUGCCGAAGCGGCAGAUUGCGUUUGUGCCAAAGGCUUCUCUCGUGUAGGUGGCCGGUGCGAGGCUUGUGCACCUGGUGGCUUCAAAGAUGAACCUGGCGAGAAGCCUUGCUCAGAUUGUCCACAGGGCAAGUGGAGUGAUGUGGUCGGUUCUGAAAGUCUGGAGAUGUGUGUAUCAUGUGUGCCGGGCUCCACCACUGAAAAACCAGGAGCGGCCAGCGAGUCCUUUUGCAUGAGGCCGGAAGGUGGGCAGAGGGCCAAAUGUGUUGCUGGCAGGGCCUGUCACAUACGACUCCGUGGGUACAGCCUUCAAGAGGGGCAUCGGAUGGCACUUAGUGCGGGACCAUGCCCUCCGGGCAGCCUCAGCGUCCCCGGCAUCUCGAACAAUGGGAUAUCAGAGCCAGCUCAAGAUGGUGGUGCGGUUUACUCAUGGGGCCAAGGUCCUUCAGACUUCACUCCUGAGGGGGGGUUCUACGCGAUGUGCUGGUGUGCCAGUGUCGCGCCUCUUCUCUGCCCUGAUGUUGGCUCAGGAUUCGAUAUUUCUGCUGGAGUUAUGACUGUUGCUGGACCUAUGAGGAGCAAUGUUGUGGAAUGCGUGCGAGGUCAUGAUUGCAGGAGCUUGUUUCCAUUCAAUGGAACUGAUCUGUCUGAUGGAAAUGGCGUGUCUGUUGGGCUCGGCUCUUGUGGGAGAACUUCCGGCCUCAGACUUUCGCUAAAUAACACCCAUGGCACAGGUUGGCUUGAGAAUGGCACUGUUGGUGAGCACAUUCUUUCCUUUGGAACCUCCAUGACAGGAGCGAGGGACUAUGGCUUAUCCAUUGAUGCAAGCUUUGGCUACAUUCUUUGCUGGUGUGAGAGAUCCUGCAACCAGCCCGAAGACUUCAUUGUUGAUGCUGGCCAGCUUCGUGAAGGGGUCAGUAUGGAGGCAGGGGACAUGAUCAGGAUCUUGGAAGACUGCGGUGAAGGCUCCGCUUUAUAUGAUUUCCCUGGGAGCGGUCUCCUGGAUGGUGAAGACUUUCACUUCCACGUGAAUGAAUCUCUUCCUGUUGGUGCGGCACCCGGUAUCUACCAGAUGUGCUUUUGCCGGCCAGAUCCUGGCUGGUCAUGUGAGAACGUGUCAAGCUUCAUGGUUAGCGUGGGCCCGGUGUUCGUUCACGGACCUUUCGAACGGAUCACAGAUUGCACAGUUGGUGCUCUUUGCACUGUGAGCUUCACUGGUAUUGUCUUGUCGGUGGGAGAUGCACUCCGAAUUAUCAGAUUAAGCGAGGAUUCAGCAAACAUCUGCAACAACACAACGUAUUAUCUGCAACAUGUGACACUGGCCCGAGACGUUUCCACAGGCUUAGGUUGGCAUAUCGAUCUGGGUGUCCUCGACAUGAACACCGCGGGAACCUAUCAACUGUGUUGGUGCCCUGUACAGGAAAUCUGCCUGUCAAGUUCUUCCUUCCAAGCUCCAGCAGGAAUUUUACGAGCAAAUUGUCCUCCAGGCUACUACUUCAGAGGAUUGAACUGCAGACUCUGUGGGAGUGGCUUCUAUUGCCCAGGAGGUGAACCAUCAUUGGCGAUCAGACUUCCUUGCAGAGAGGGGGAGACAACUGUAGGUCCGACUGCAUCAGCGGGUAGCGAGUGUCAAUGUUCAAAGGGAUACUAUUCCUUUGAGGGCACGCGCGUCGUCUGCCCCAAAAAAUUCUACAAGCCCAACAUCAGCAGCGAAGAGGCAUGCACAGCAUGCCCUCCUAAUCAGACAACAUUCACCCAAGGUGCGAUCUCCAUUUCUUCUUGUGUCGGAGCAAAUGUGACAGCUAGCAAUGCAUCAGCUGCUCCAGCUGUUAGAUUCCGCUUAUCCAUCACAGCCGACUCUUCUACCAACCUAACAGAUGAAGAUUUGAGGAAGCAGCUUGUCGACACGUUGCGGAUAAGCAUAGGCAGCGCUAGCCGAAUGGACGUGGAUUCUCUCGACAUCAGUUGGCCGUCUGCUUCCAGUUCUGCUACCAGACGCUUAUCCGAGCCCUUGGAGGUAGUGAUACGAAUAAAGUACGCUACAGCACUUCUCGCAAAUAUCACAGCGCAAGAGCUGGAUGUUGAUGACUUGGCCAUGGACAUUGGCAGUGCUCUGCAGCAAGACCCGGCACUGAGCAACUUGCGAGUGGAUGUGUCGGACCUUGGCACUGAGAUGGUGAGUAUAGAGUGCCCGAAGCAUACUAGCCUACCGCCCGGAGUCCUGGCAACACAUUCCGGUGACUGUGCAUGCUGGCCAGGCUACAGGCAUGAUGCAGAAAGCAAGACGUGUAGUCCUUGUGCGCAGGGUCGAUUCAAAACAUCCUUGGCCAAUACAGAGUGCGAAAAUUGUGACCCUGGCAGAUGGACGCUCAAUGUUGGUCAGUCGGAUGGAGCUAAGUGCUGGUGCACUCCAGGGACGUACGAGAACGAGAACGGUACCUGCGUAUCCUGUAGCCGGCGCUAUUACUGCGAUGGGACAAAUUAUCAAAUACUUUGCCCGCCAAACUCCACGACAACUUUCGAGGCGUCUCCAGCCAAAAGCAGCUGCCAGUGUGAAGAGGGCUACCAGAGUGUGAGUAGCACAGUUGAGCUGACCUGUGAGCCAUGUGUUCCGGGGCGAUUCAAGGAAGUUAUUGGCAAUGAUGAAUGCACCCAAACUUGCCCGACAGAUGCUACAAGCACGGCUGCAGCUAGCAGGAAAGAUGACUGCUUCUGCAAGCAGGGCUUUCACGCGGAUUUGAAACAUGGGAGUAUUGAGCGUUGUAUCGAUUGCGGUCCAUACAAUGGUUUAAUGUGUCGGGGUGGCCUUGAUGAAGAGGGUCAACAUGUGCAGCCGAAGGCUGUUGCAGGAUGGUUCCAGACUGGUAGGUCCUUGGCCCUGCCGUGCCAAGUGACACGAGAUGGCUUCAGUGUUUGCCUCGGCAAUAUUUCUGGAGGCCAUAUUGAGCCAUUUGCCGGCUUUCCCAAUGCGUGCGCUAAUGGAUCUACCGGCAUGCUUUGUGGUGAGUGCCCAGCAGGAUGGGCCAGAGGGGCGUACUUGGAGCCUUGCGAACCUUGCGACGCACAUAGUGCGCUCGCGUUUGGCUUGGCCAUCGCCGCAGACCUGGGUCGGACCACGCUCCAGAACUUCGUUCUAGCAGCAAUGGCUGCAGGAGGAGCCGGAACACUCAAGCCGUUGCACACGGUGACGCUACGGAAUUUCCAGCAUUGGGUGGAAGCUUGCUCCAUUCUAGUGGGCUUCAACUUGACACGGAUGCGACCGUUUGACUUCUCCCUGGGCGAUAAGACCGAACAACCAGAAGCUGGGGAGCCCGUUGCAGAGCCGCAUUUUGUGUGGCCCGCGGCAGCUACCGAUGCUAUGAUUCUGUGGUUUGAUGCUUUGUCCCUGGUUCCAAGAGUGAAUGUGGACUUUGCGGCACAAUGCCAGGCUGACGCCUGGUUCGGAGGAAGCCAGGCGGCCAAGCGGGUUGUGCCAGCCGUGUAUUACCUGACCCGUCCUGUCUUGACAUUCUUAGGCAGCAUUUUCAUUUGCCUGCUUGUGGUCUACGUUGCGAUUCCUUUAACCAACAUGACCGGCUUUGCCGUCAAUGAGCGGGCAGGGCUGAUCAAAAAAGUCACGAAGCGAUUGCAGAAUGCUGCCUUGAAGGCAAGCAAGGAGGCGACCCAGACGGGGGAUAGCCAGCGCCAGGUAUGUUACCUGAGCAGAUACCUGCCUGCCAUGGAUCUGAGCGACUGGAACGUGGGCUACAAAGCCUUGGCGGACGUUCCAACUUUGGACUUAGAAGUUGUCACUGGUCAGCAGAGGAGCUUAGCACAUUCUCCCUAG